AUGUAGAUUCAAACAUUGGCUGACUUUCACUUCAGCGUAGAAUUUCUCUUCUGCAUUAAAAUUAAAACAGUUGAUUUCCGAGUUCUUCUGACCACAUGUGCUUGUGUUUUCUGGACUAUUUUUGACAUGUCUCAACUAGAGAGUCACUGUGAACAUGAAGAAAAACCGGAAGAAGACAUUAUUCAAUCCACGAUAGGUAAUUUCGGGCGAUGGCAAUUCAAAAUCUCGGCCCUAAUGGCCCUUCUUAAAUUUCCAAUCGCUUGGUUUCAAAUGAGUAUCGUUUUUCUGGCCCCACCAACACAAUUCUGGUGUAAAUCGAACGAAAGUUCCACAAACGAAUGGUUGAAGAUGUCGCAGCAAAACCACACUUUAAGACACGAAGGUCUCAAUUCUGGCUUUUGCCAAAGUCUUGCAAAUAACACACUGACCACUUGCCAAAACGGUUACGAGUACAACAGAACCGUUUUCAACUCAAGUAUCAUAACAGAAUGGAAUUUGGUUUGCGAAAACAAGCGACUUGUGGAUGUGUCUCAAAUUUCUCUCAUGUUUGGAGUUUUAUUAGGCAAUAUUCUGUUUGGAGUAAUUGCCGAUCGUAAGGGAAGGAAAAAAACUUUGCUUGUUUGUGUUGUUUUCCAGUCACUUCUGGGAAUCGCAGCAUCACAAAUUCCCUGGUAUUGGGGGUUCAUUGUGACGAGAUUUCUCCUUGCCAUUGCUAAUGGAGGCACAAUUGUCAUUUCGUUUGUGAUGUGUAUGGAAGUAGUUGGCGGAACAUGGCGCAGUAUUGUACCGAUUCUGUACCAAAUACCAUAUGGGUUUGGUAAUUCGAUAAUGGCCGGCAUUGCUUACUUUCAUAGAGAUUGGAGGGACCUUCAUUUAGUAUUGUCACUAAUUUCCUCUUUCUACAUUUUGUAUUUAUGGUUGGUUCCUGAAUCGCCUCGUUGGUUACUAGCAACGGGGAACAAAAGCGAAGCUAUCAAAAUUCUCGAAAGGGCAGCACAAUGUAACAAAAUGGACAGUGAUAAAGUAAAAACUGUUGCUGAGAGAUUAUCCCCCGAUGCAAAAAGUGAAAGCAAACCCAAACUUGCCGCACUAUUCGCCACAACAGAGCUAACGAAAAGAAAUGUUUUAUUGUGCAUUAACUGGUUAAUUGCUGGAAUAACGUUCUACGCUUUUUCUCAAUACAUCGGAAAAGUGGGUAGCAAUCUUUAUUUCACAGCAGCUAUUAGCGGUUUUGUGGCUUUUCCGGGCACUCUUCUGUGCGUCUUCAUUAUACGACGUUUCGGACGAAGAUUGACCAUAGCCUCAGCACAUGUUUUGACGGCAAUUUGCUUCUUUGGGAUUCUUGCCGUUCCUUUGGAUGUGUAUUAUCAAGAUUGGCCCCGAGUUGUGAUUGCGGGGAUAGGGAUUGUGGGAUUAUCGAUUUCUAUGCCGGCGUUGUAUUUAUUUACUGGAGAGUUGUUCCCAACGACUGUUAGAAAUGCAGGAGUUGGAACGUCGGUCAUGUUUUCAAGAAUGGGUUCAAUGAUUUCUCCCUUAGUUAUCAGUAUGCAAGAUAUUUCGCCCUCUUUGCCGUUGAUUGUUUUGGGUACAGGGGCUAUUUUAGAAACAUUUCUAAUUUUACUUUUGCCAGAAACUAAAGGAAUGCCCCUUCCUGAAACUAUUGAUGAUUUGAGCGUAACAGUCAAUAAGACUGAUGAUAGAAAGGAUAUUAGGAUGUGUUAUAUUUCCUUGCCAACUAUUUUGAAAGACACUUCCUUGGAUAUUAACAAAUAAUAUUUGAGAAAACUGAAAUUAUCAUGCUUUGAAUUGCCUUUAAUUAUUGUGAUCUUGUAACCUUAUGUAAUACAAAUAAAAAUAUUUCAUUGUAAAUUAUGUGAAAAAUAAACUUUUACA